AUGUUUGGGCAGCAGACAAGUCUCCUGCCUGUGGCUUCGCAGUCGUCGGAGCCUGGCGUUUACUCGCCAGGAUCGGUGGACGAGUACGCGUGCUCCAUCUACGAGAGCCUCCGCGCACGAGAGCACCGGUAUCACGUCACUGAGGACAUUUUUGCCAAGCAGCAGAGCGUGCGGCCCAAGAUGCGCGCUGUCCUGGUGGAUUGGCUCGUGGAAGUGCACCAGCGCUUCGAGCUCGAGUCGCAGACGCUGUUCCUGACCGUCAACUACAUCGACCGGUACCUUGCGCAAGUGCCUGUGAAGUCCCAGCGGUUCCAGCUCGUGGGCGUGGCGGCGUUGCUGAUCGCGUCCAAGUUUGAGGAGAUCUACCCGUGCGAUAUGGACGAUCUGCUCUACAUUUGCGAGCGGUCGUACUCCAAGGCUGACCUGGUCGACUGCGAGAGAGACCUGCUCAACGUCUACAAGUUCAACUUAGCGGUGCCGAGUGUAAGCAGCUUCCUGGGCUACUACUUGGAGUACUCUGAAGAAGAGGACGAGGUGAUCGGCCAGCUGACCAGCUACUUCGCAGAGUGCUCGUUGCUGGACUUCGCCUUCGGCGCCAAGUACGAGCCUUCAGUCAUUGCCUGCGCGUGCUUGCUCGCCGCAUACUGCUACAUCGAGAACCAAACGCCGGCCCUCGUGUGGAACUACCGCCUCGAAGAGCUCACGGGUUACGCAGUGGAGGCGAUUGUUCCCUGUGCACAAGACCUGUGGUCAAUUUUGAUUGAGCCGAGCGAUCUCGCCGCGAUCGCGACGAAGUACAGCGCCAAGGAGUUCGGUGAGGUCGCACACUUGCCGCUCGAAGACCUCGAGGCGCUGCUGUACUGACUCCCGACUGCACCGAGUUUUGGUUGAGCGCUGCUGAUGUCGUUAUUGUACAUAUGUGCUUCGGCACCCCCUCCCUUUCAAGGGCUAGAACUAAGUAUU